CAAGCUGCUUCUCAGUGUGUUUAAAAACUGUAUGUAAACAGCUUUUGACUUAGUAGACUGGCAACAGUUGAGAAUAUCCUACUGCAUACCAGUCAUUCUUGCCAUUCUUUGUUUCAGAGGCUGAAUUAAAUGAACUCCUUGGUGUGUAUAGUCUCUUGACUCUAGAGAAUGAACAAUAAUAUAAAAGUGAUAUUAUAGCAAGUUACAAAUUUUAAAUUGUGUAUUAUAGGGUGCCAUCCAUGUUUGUUUUGUAUUAAUUGUCUUUAGUGUAAGUAGUUGUACUCUGAAGUACAGACAGUUCAGUUUGUAGAGCUGUUUGAUGCAGCUGAGAUAUAAGAGGAACCCAAGAUGAAAAGUUCAGGAUAAGAGGGAUGAAAGAACUAAAGGGACUUUUACCAAUUCAUGUUCUUUGGCCCGGCCUUCCAAAAGUUGUAUAGCAAAGUACAAUUUUCUAUAUAAUUAUCCUUUUAAGCAAUCACUUCGUAAGUACUGAAUAGGCAUUGCACAAAGGUAAUUCCUACACCAGUUCUGAUCUCCUAAGUGUAAAAUUGUAACUGUAUAAAAUGAGGAAAACAUGCCUGGAACAGGAAAAAUGUAACAUUUACCAUGCUUGUUGCAUACAUUCAAGUCAAGGAUGAGUGUAUGUUUGGGGUGUAAUGAAAGGGUUAGUACUUACUUGGAGAGGAAGAUCAGGGAGGGAAGAAAUGGAAAUUCUAAGCCUGGAUUUGAAAGGUGAGAGAAGGAAGCUAGCUAUGAACAUUUCGAUCCAAUCUGAAUCAUAGUUCUAAAUGUAUUUGAGCCAGUGGAAUGUGGUUACUAUAUUUGGCCAUGUCUACUUAACUGAUUAGACUGGAUUCUGUGCGUCAGUCAAAAUGAGAUGUUUGGCACUCAUCUACAGGGCAGCAAAUGACUUGGUAGAUAACUGUAAGCCUCAUCUCUGGAAAGUUGGCUUUUGAGUGAGUGUGGCAGAGGGACAGUGCAGAAUGGAAGCAAUCAGUCUUUCAUCUCAGGACCUUAAAUUUUAGACUUAAAUACUGAGAACCUAAAAAUAAAGAUCUUACCCUGAAGUUCAAGCCAUAAUGAAAGGAAAGAAAACACAGGAAGAAAAGAGAAAACAAAAUCAGAGAAGGUCCUUUGAAUGUGGACUCCUUUCCACUGGGCAGAAGCAGGAUGAAGACAUGCAAAGUUUGGCUAGUUUGAUGAGUAUGAAGCAGGCUGACAUCGGCAAUUUAGAUGACUUUGAAGAAGAUAAUGAAGAAGAUGAUGAGAACCGAGUGAACCAAGAGGAAAAGGCAGCAAAAAUUACAGAAAUUGUAAACCAAUUGAAUGCUCUGAGCAGCUUAGAUGAAGAUCAAGAUGACUGCAUAAAGCAAGCAAAUAUGCCUUCAGCUAAAUCAGCCAGUUCCUCUGAAGAGCUUAUCAACAAACUUAACUUUUUGGAUGAAGCAGAAAAGGACUUGGCCACUGUGAAUUUAAAUCCAUUUGGUGAUCCUGAUGUAGCAGAAUUAAACCCAUUUGGAGAUCCUGACUCAGAAGAACCAGUCACUGAAACAGCAUCACCUAAAAAAACAGAAGAAUCUUUUUAUAAUAAUAGCUAUAAUCCCUUUAAAGAGGUACAGACUCCUCAGUAUUUGAACCCAUUUGAUGAGCCAGAAACUUUUGUAACUAUAAAGGAUUCUCCUCCCCAGUCUACAAAAAGAAAAAAUGUAAGACCUGUGGACAUGAGCAAGUACCUCUAUGCUGAUAGUUCUAAAACAGAAGAAGAAGAGUUGGAUGAAUCUAAUCCUUUUUAUGAACCUAAACCAGCUCUUCCACCAAAUAAUUUGGUAAAUCCAAUUCAAGAACUGGAAACCGAAAGGAGAAUGAAAAGAAAAGCCCCAGCCCCACCAGCCCUCUCACCAAAGAUAGGAGGAGUAAAUGAAAACACAGUUAUUUCUGCAGGAAGAGAUCUCUCCACUUCUCCUAAGCCAAGUCCUAUACCAAGUCCUGUUUUGGGGCGAAAGCCAAAUGCUAGUCAGUCAUUGCUUGUAUGGUGUAAAGAAGUUACAAAAAACUACCGGGGAGUGAAAAUCACCAAUUUUACUACAUCAUGGAGAAACGGUUUAUCUUUUUGUGCAAUAUUACACCACUUUAGACCAGAUUUAAUUGACUACAAGUCUCUGAAUCCUCAAGAUAUUAAAGAGAACAACAAAAAGGCAUAUGAUGGAUUUGCCAGCAUAGGAAUUUCCCGGUUGUUGGAACCUUCUGAUAUGGUUUUAUUAGCAAUUCCUGACAAACUGACUGUUAUGACUUAUCUUUAUCAAAUCAGGGCACAUUUCAGUGGCCAAGAACUGAAUGUUGUCCAGAUAGAGGAGAACAGCAGUAAAAGCACAUAUAAAGUUGGAAACUAUGAAACAGAUACAAAUAGUUCUGUUGAUCAGGAAAAAUUCUAUGCAGAACUUAGUGAUCUGAAACGGGAGCCUGAAAUACAGCAGCCUACCAGCGGAGCAGUAGACUUCUUGUCGCAAGAUGACUCUGUAUUUGUAAAUGAUAGUGGGGUUGGAGAGUCAGAAAGUGAACAUCAGACUCCUGACGAUCAUCUUAGUCCAAGCACAUCCUCCCCUUACUGUCGCAGGACUAAAAGUGACACAGAACCCCAAAAGUCCCAGCAGAGCUCUGGAAGGACUUCAGGAUCCGAUGACCCUGGAAUAUGUUACAAUACAGAUUCAAUCCACGCACAAGUUUUGUUAGGCAAGAAGAGACUCCUGAAAGCAGAGACUUUAGAAUUAAGUGACUUACACGUUAGUGAUAAGAAGAAGGAUGUGUCUCCACCCUUUAUUUGUGAGGAGACAGAGGAACAAAAGCUUCAGACUCUAGACAUCAGUAAUAACUUGGAGAAGGAAAAAUUAGAGAAUUCCAGACCCUUAGAAUGCAGAUCGGAUCCUGAAUCACCUAUCAAAAAACCAAGUUUAUCUCCCACUUCCAAACUUGGAUACUCAUACAACAGAGAUGCAGACCUUACAAAGAAAAAACGUACUUCCCUAAGGCAGACAGAGUCUGAUCCAGAUGCUGAUAGAACCACUUUCAAUCAUGCAGAUCAUUCCACAAAAACAGUCCAGCAUCGAAUGUUAUCCAGACAAGAAGAACUUAAAGAAAGAGCAAGAGUUCUGCUUGAGCAAGCAAGAAGAGAUGCAGCUUUAAAGGCAGGAAAUAAGCAGAAUACCAACGCAGCCACACCACUCUGCAACAGGCAGCUAAGUGAUCAGCAAGAUGAAGAGCGACGUCGGCAGCUGAGAGAGAGAGCUCGUCAGCUAAUAGCAGAAGCUCGAUCUGGAGUGAAGAUGUCAGAACUUCCCAGCUAUGGUGAAAUGGCUGCAGAAAAGUUGAAAGAAAGGUCAAAGGCAUCUGGAGAUGAAAAUGAUAAUAUUGAGAUAGAUACUAACGAGGAGAUUCCUGAAGGCUUUGUUGUAGGAGGUGGAGAUGAACUUACUAACUUAGAAAAUGACCUUGAUACUCCCGAACAAAACACUAAGUUGGUGGACUUGAAGCUAAAGAAGCUCCUAGAGGCUCAGCCACAGGUGGCAAAUUCACUUUCCAGUGCUGCACAGAAAGCUAUAACUGAGAGCUCAGAGCAAGACAUUAAGAAUGGCACAGAAGAUCUCCGGACUGAACGAUUACAAAAAGCAACAGAACGAUUUAGAAAUCCUGUUGUUUUCAGCAAGGAUUCUACAGUCAGAAAAACUCAACUUCAGUCUUUCAGUCAAUAUGUUGAGAAUAGACCAGAGAUGAAAAGGCAGAGAUCAAUACAGGAAGAUACAAAGAAAGGAAAUGAGGAGAAGACAGCGAUAACUGAAACUCAGAGGAAGCCAUCAGAAGAUGAAGUGCUUAAUAAAGGGUUCAAAGACACCAGUCAGUAUGUUGUAGGAGAAUUGGCAGCACUAGAGAAUGAGCAAAAGCAAAUUGACACCCGUGCCGCGCUGGUGGAGAAGCGCCUUCGCUAUCUCAUGGACACAGGAAGGAACACAGAAGAAGAAGAAGCUAUGAUGCAGGAAUGGUUUAUGUUGGUGAAUAAGAAAAAUGCCUUAAUAAGGAGAAUGAACCAGCUUUCUCUCCUGGAAAAAGAGCAUGAUUUAGAACGACGGUAUGAGCUGCUGAAUCGGGAAUUGCGGGCAAUGCUAGCCAUUGAAGACUGGCAGAAAACCGAGGCCCAGAAGCGACGCGAGCAGCUCCUGCUGGAUGAGCUGGUGGCCUUGGUGAACAAGCGCGACGCGCUCGUCAGGGACCUGGACGCGCAGGAGAAGCAGGCUGAAGAAGAAGAUGAGCAUUUGGAGCGAACUCUGGAGCAAAACAAAGGCAAGAUGGCCAAGAAAGAAGAGAAAUGUGUUCUUCAAUAGCAGCCGGACCAGAAUCUCCCAAUAUUUUAAUCCUGGGUCCCCCGACCAGAAAAUGUCAGAUUCGUUGUUGAUUUAAAACUUUUAACAUUUUUUCGGGGCUGGAUUGUACUUCUUUACCACCACCCCCACCCCUUUUCCUCCCUCUUUGCCAGAUAAUAUACAAAACUCCAAAAUAGCUUUGUUUAAGGAUUUGUGUGUGUGUGAGUUAAUCAUUUUCUUGAAAUCAUGUGAAAUAAAUUUGCACAGAUACCUUGUGAGUGAUUGGUAUUGAGAGUGUUCAAGAGGCUGUUCAAAGAAAAAAGAAAAAAACCUUUCUCUUAUUAUUUUCCCCUCAGUUUUUGAUGGGAGGAAAAUUUGGAACAUUUUUGUUGUUGUUGUUGUUGUUGUUGUUGUUGUUGUUGUUGUUAAUAGCAUAAAUGGUGGGGAGGGGGGUGGAAGUGGGGGUAAGAAAAAUGUCAUGAAUGAUUUUUUUUCCAGUCCUGCCAUAUGUAACACUUGACUCUGUUACCUAAAUUUUAUAGUUAGAUCAUAUUCAAUCUACUUAUUAAACUGUGUUCUAUUUACCAGUGGGAUUUUCUGCAGUUGUUUUGCAUUUCACUGUAAGGAUAAUAGAGUUCCUGUCCUCUGCUUUCCUUAGAGGAUGGCCCUUUAAUGUAGCCUGAGACAAGUCCUGUGAUUUGAAGGUGAGCUGUGAGGAUGGGGCUAAUUGACAUGCAUCAGUUUACAAAGACGGUCUUAUCAUCUGAGAAUGCGCCAUCUUUUGCUCUGGAUAAUUAUUUAUUACAUCUAGCUUGGUUCCUACAUUUUGUUGGGUCUCAACAUUGGCUCAAGAAUGCUGUUAAUAUUUAUUCUGUAUUGAUAAAAGUCUGUCUUGCCACUAUGAGUAAGUCCCCCAAUUAAUAUUUUCUUCUCUAGCAUAGCACUGUCAUUUUUUGUGUGAAAAUGGUUAUCUGUUUAUUUAUUACAAUACUGAGUCAUAUAUAAAUUUUCAAUAAAAGCAGAAACUUUCUUACCUUAA